AUCCUUCCAAGGAAGGGUCUUGUACCUGAGGAUCAAGGGAGUUUGAAAUGAUACGUUAUUCCCAACGACGAUAUUCGACUGAAAACCCAUAUAAUUAGUUAACUAUCUUGAGGUAUUCUACAGAUCAUUGUUUCCUCUGGACCUAUUCAUAAUUCAACGACACACAACAAUAGACUCAAGAUGCCAUCGAGAAGAUCGCAUAUCAAAUCACAUCACGGUUGUACUCAAUGCAAACUCCGGAGAGUUAAGUGUGAUGAGCGUCAGCCUGCUUGUUCUAGAUGUAUAGCAUACAAGAGAGAAUGCACGUAUAAUUCGUUGAUCACUCAAGCACCUGGUCAGCAUAGUUUCGAACUGCGGCCACCGCCGAAAUCGAAAACCCAAAGGCACAAAACAGCGUUCAUAAGACCUUCAUCUCAACGUGAACCACCUCAGAGUCAGGAUCCAUGUUAUGGCAUUCAAGCACCACUUCCACUUGGUCGAUACAAAGAAGCAGAUUCCCUUCUCUAUCACUAUAUUAAUGUUACUGCUAAGCCCGCGACAUCAGCAUUCAUUAGUCCAGAUCAUAAUAAAUGGGAAGGAGCCGUGCAACGAAGCGCUUCAACUCAUGAAUACGUAUACAACGGAAUGCUCUCUUUCGCCUCUUUACAUCUGGCUGUUCUUCAACCUCAGAAUAGUUCAAUCCACAUAGCCAGAGCGCUGAAAUUUCAAAACACGGGUAUGACAGAAUUUAGACCAGUGUUGGAAAAUGUCACAGCGUCGAACUGUGAAGCUGCUUUGGGAUUUUCGGGAUUAUUGAUAAGUUCCAUAUAUGCAUUUCCAGUAGCGCAAGCCGGACCAGAUAAGCCUAGCGAAAGAUUGUUAGAUUAUCUACCAAUAAUAUUUAGUUUGUUCAAUGGAACCGUGGCUAUAUACCGAAUGGGUUGGAUGAAAAGCCUGAAUUCUCCACUCAGUGUGCAUCUGCGGAACAAAGUGAUGACAGCUGACGCAACAAGCACUCCUGCAGAGGGCGAAGAGUACCUCAAGAAAUUAGAGCGUCAAGAGAUUGCAAGGCUAAACGACCAGCAUCUUCGAGUGCUGUAUCAUGACGUAUCUCAAAAAGUUCGGCGAAAUUUAAGAAGGACGGAACAGUUUCCUGGAAGAGCAUGGCCUGGGGCGGCACCACCAGCAUACAUUGGAUGCAUGAAAGAAAGGGAACCUAUUGCGUUGAUACUGGUUGCUUACUGGGCAGUAGGACAGGAUAGAGGGGUAGGGCAUAACUGGUGGGCGAAGAAUUGGGGGAGAGAUUUGGUGGAGGUAAUCGGAGAAGAGCUGGGAGAUGACGCGAGAUGGGAGUGGUACAUGAAGUGGCCGAAGGAGAAAAUGGGACUAAUUUGAUGUGGAGUCUAACACAGAAAUGGGAUCUAUCUUGUGUUCAUUGAUAAAGGUAUCAUCACUACAAGGACUCCCCAUAGAUCUGAUUGGACUUGAUACUUCAGGAGAAGUUUCCAUUACAGGAAUGGUUUGAUUGAUUGAUUGAUUUCAUUUACGUCCAUCUUCAGUCUAAGACUAUAUAGGACGGCUAGGCCUCUAGAGGCUCUAGCGGAUAACUUUUUAUUCUAUAAAAAUGGAUAUAUACGAUUUAGGGAAAUAAAAACAAAUGCUGGGGAACAGUGUCCGCUCAUUAUACACAUUAUAUAUAAUAAGAAAAUUAUGAAAAUUAAGAAAUUGUA